AUGAGUCACUCAGCUACGGAGAAGGAGGGUAGGGAUGACCCAGCCAAGAGGAAAAAGGACAGUGCGAGUCAUAGUAUGCGGAAAGGGAGGAGAAUUUUCUCUCAGUCCUUCACAGCCUCUUAUGCCAUCUACAAUGUGGCUAAAGGGGUUCUGUUGGAGCUUAACCCUCCAGCGGGGGAGAAGGCAUUGAUACAGUAUGCUGCCUGGGGACUGCAGGGGAACCAGCUGGCCUAUGUGUUUGAAGGCGAUAUCUAUUACCAGACAGAAGUGACCAGUAAACCUCUCCGCCUCACAGCUACAGGCAGAGAGGGGCUGGUGGUCAACGGGCUGAGUGACUGGAUUUACGAGGAGGAAGUGCUCUUGACUUUCUCUGCCAACUGGUGGUCGAAGGAUGGAGCUCGCUUGGCAUACCUCACCAUCAACAACUCUGCCACACCGCUAAUGGAGAUACCUCACUUCUUGGGCGGGGUCUAUCCCUCCAAUGUGUUCUUUCCUUACCCCAAGGCUGGCUCCACCAUCCCCACUGUCAGUCUGUUUGUGGUGAAUCUCUAUGGUCCAGCUCACACUCUAGAGAUGAUCCCUCCAGACUCUGUCAGGGCCAGAGACCGCUACAUCUCCAUGGUGACAUGGAUCAGCAGCACUCAGUUGGCGGUACGUUGGUUGAACCGGGCCCAGAACCAAUCAGAGCUCUGUGUGUGUGAGGCCACCACUGGGGCAUGCUCAAAGAAACACACAAUGGUCAUGGACUUAAUGCAAAACCAACGACAGGAGGUGCCCUUGUUUUCAUCUGAUGGCUCUUGGUUUUAUUUGACGUUGCCAGCCAAGCAGGGUGCCCGGGGGGAGUUCCGCCACAUUGCCAGUCUGCCAGCCCAGCCUGCCAUCCCCCCUGUCCCUCCUCGCUUUCUGACGUCCGGGAACUGGGAUGUCACUGUGCUGUGUGCCCUGGAUGAGGACAAUAGGAAAAUCUACUUCCUCAGCACAGAAGAAUCCAGACAGAGCAGACACCUGUACAGUGCGGACUUUGAAGGGAUCUUCAACCGCAAGUGUCUGACCUGCAACCUUCUAGAUGACUGUAGCUUUUUCAAAGCCGUGUUCAGCCCCAAUCAGACAUAUUUCACACUUUAUUGCCUAGGCCCCGGAGUCCCCAAGGUGACAGUACACAACACGAAGGACCCCUCCAGAUACAUAGUUCUGGAGGACAACACACCUCUCUCUGAGACCCUAGCAGGGAAGAGACUCCCAGAGACUGUCUUCAAGACCCUCGCAGCUGACAACCAUGAUCUACACCUGAAGCUGUCUCUGCCCCAGGGUUAUGAAGCCCACCUUCUCCCUCUACUCAUCAUUGUGGACGGAGUUCCAGGCAGUCAGUCAGUGACAGAGGAGUUUACUAUGGGAUGGCCUGAGGUGCUCGCCAGCACACAUGACAUGGCGUUAGCCUGGGUGGAUGGAAGAAGUGGGGUCGGACGGGGGCAGAAGAUCAGCAGUGUGGAUCCCCGCAAGCUCAGCUCCCUCAGAGUCAAAGAUCAACUAGGAGUCGUAGAGUGGUUGAUGCAAUUGCCUUACAUUGAUGAUCAGCGGAUUGCCUUGUAUGGCAAGGCAUUUGGUGCUUAUUUAUCCCUCAAGAUGCUAGCUGCGACUGAUCAGCUGUUUAAAUGUGCAGCCGCUGUGGCUCCCAUAACAGAUUUCAAACUCUACAGUGCUGCCUUCUCAGAGAGGUAUCUAGGUCUCCCAGCAAAGGAGGAGCACACUUACCUGACGGCAUCUGUAUUGGAAGAUGUUCACAAGCUUAAAGACGAGAAUUUCCUCUUACUGCAUGGGACUGCAGACGCACGGGUCCACUUCCAGCACAGUGCAGAGCUCCUGAGCCGCUUGGUGAAGGUGGAGGCCAACUACUCCCUGCAGCUGUACCCAGAUGAGGGCCACAUCCUGAAGGAGCGGCGCAGCAUCCAGCAUUCCCAACGGACCUUGGUGCACUACCUCCAGACCUGCCUGAGACACAACCCCCUCCUGGCCUCCAUAGAGGAGCCAGAUGAGGAUGACUGAGUACUCCUUCCUCUGGCACUGGAGAAACAUACUGAGAAGUGACGACUACUCAGUCAGACUACUACUAAACACUAGUCUCUUCCCACAGCCACUGACUAGACACAAGACCACGGGAGUGUGGACCAAGAAUAUCAGAUCAUAGCCUACUGUUAUCAGUUCACAGCAACUUUGGAAAUAUACAAUUUCUUCCCACCAUUGUUUGUACUGUUUGAAUUGUGUUGUUCCUGAUUGUUUACACUGUGUGGAUCCAUUAUCCAAGAAGUGACCAUGGCCAGGCCAAAUGUUGAUUCUUCUUAAAGUUUACAAAAUCGCCUGAACAUGCAUGUCGUAAUGGCUGCAUGAAGCGGAGUGGUUUACAAUGCAUUCUUCUAUGUUUCGGUAUCCUGCAUAUCUUAACUUUGCUUAAUUUAUUACAGCUAAAAUCAGCCUGCUACUCUGUUAUGUAACACAUAUAUGGUAUGGACUUAGUGUCACUUUUAAUGUGCCAAAUACAUGGUAUGUUUGUUUACAAGUGUAUUCACCAUGCCAAUUCAGAGAUGUAUCCGGACUUAUAGACUGUAUUUUCCAUGCCUCUUGCAUGAUUAUUUUCAACAGUUCCAUGUUGUAUUUGGUAACUUUGGAUGGAUAUAAUAAGAAUGAACAAACCCAACAAAAUAUAAUAUGAAGCACAUUUGUUAGAAGUUUAUUUCAGUAGUUAUGUUUUAGUUUUUUCUUAAAUUAAUUUCCUUUGAUAGUCACGCAUACUUUGUUCAUGUGUACUGCAAAAGUUUAACACCUCACUGAAAAGUAUACAUCUCCCACAGCAACGUGGACUCCCAAUCAAAGUUGUGGAACGUCUAUGGUGCACUGCAUGUAGUCUGUUUGCAAUUGAAUAGCCAACUUUACAUUUUUCCUUUUUUUUGUUUUACUAAAUCCUUUACGAUAAAGAAUCAAUUCCUUGUUUUACAGAAA